CAGGUAUUCUCAGAAACAUCUGGAAACCGGCAGACGAAGCCCGCUUCUGCCACCAAGUCCAAGAAGAUGACCGAUAAACUUUCUGAAGAUCUCGAACGUCGUAACUUCAGUUUUCCUUGGUCUCAGGACGUCAAGCGCGCAUUGAAGGAACGCUUCAAGCUUAAAGGCUUUCGUGAGAGCCAAGUGGAAGCGAUCAAUGCUACUCUUGCAGGCAAGGAUGUCUUUGUUCUCAUGCCGACCGGAGGAGGCAAAUCACUGUGCUAUCAAUUACCGGCUCUCGUGAGCAGCGGAAAGACAAGAGGCGUGACCGUUGUGGUUUCACCUUUGGUUAGUCUCAUGGAAGAUCAGGUCGCGCAUCUCCAAAAGUUGAACGUCCAGGCCUUUCUAAUCAAUGGCGAUACCUCAUAUGACCAGCGUGACUUCAUCAUGGAAAAGUUCGGCGAUAGCAACGUGGAAAUGUUCAUUCAAUUGCUCUACGUUACGCCCGAGAUGCUGGGCAAAAGUCAGAAAAUGCUCAAUGCUUUCGAAUUACUGCACAGAAAUGGACGACUCGCCAGGAUCGUCAUUGACGAGGCACACUGUGUGAGUCAAUGGGGUCACGAUUUCCGUCCUGACUAUAAAGCGCUCGGAAGCGUUCGACAAAAAUUUCCAGGCGUGCCGGUCAUGGCAUUGACUGCGACAGCGACGGAUAAUGUUCGAAUUGACACAAUCCAUAAUCUCGGCAUGAAAGGCUGCGAAGUCUUCAAGAGGAGCUUCAACCGCUCCAAUCUAUAUUACGAAGUUCGAACGAAAGGGAAAGUAGCAGAUGAUGUGGAAGCCGUCGCAAGCCUCAUCAAAGACAAAUACCGCAAACAGACCGGAAUUGUCUACUGCCUGUCCCGGAAGAACUGCGAAACCUUUGCGAAAGAGCUGAAAGGCAAAGGUAUUGGUGCUCAUCACUAUCACGCAGGAUUGAAGCCCGAUGAAAAAUCCCAAAUACAGCGUGAUUGGCAAUCCGGAAAACAUCAGGUCAUUGUAGCCACUAUUGCCUUCGGUAUGGGCAUCGACAAAGCUAAUGUGCGAUUUGUCGUCCACCACAGCAUGCCCAAAUCAUUGGAAGGAUACUACCAGGAAACAGGGAGAGCUGGUCGGGAUGGGCAGCCCUCAGGAUGCUACCUUUUCUACGCAUAUCGUGACGUUGCCAUGCUUCGUAAGAUGAUCGACCAGAAUGAAGAUGCGAGCCGUGAACAGAAGAACCGACAGCGCGAAAUGUUGACAAGAAUGGAAUUGUUCUGCUGCAACGAGACAGAUUGCAGACGAGUACAGGUGCUCAAUUACUUCAACGAGCCUUUCACACGGGAUGCCUGCCACGGCCAAUGCGACAAUUGCAGCUCGAAUGCGACGUUCAAUUCUGUCGAUCUCACAGAUUACGCGCAGAAAGCGGUCAGUCUGGUUUCCCGAGCCACUGGUUCAGCGAGUGGACAUGACGCGGAAGACUAUGAUGGAUACGGCCGCAAACCGGAUGAGUGGUCUCAUGUUGACGAAUAUGGCGCAGGCAGCGACCUUGAUCGUGGCAUUGUGGAGCGCAUAUUUCAUCGCCUCCUGAGCGAAGACGUCCUCCGCGAAUUGCACGUUGUCAAAGGCGGGUUUCCGCAUCAAUAUGUCUGCCUCGGCCAACGUCGCGAGCAGUACAGCCGUGGAAAGAAAUUCGAGAUGCAGAUCCGUGCAUCAGGCAGUGUCAAGAAUGUCGGGAGGAAAAUUUUGAAGGCGAAGGUCGAUGAUGCAAGAGCGCGUGCUGGAAUGAUCUCAGGACCUAGCAGGGCCCGGGAGCUACCAACCUCUACGAAUGUGUCAUCGCCCGUGCAGGCUGCCACGAAGCGGAAAAAGGCUGCGAGCAAGGCUGGUCUUCACCAGCACGAUGCUUUCAUUGCAUCAGACGACGAGACAGAAGACGAUGAUGACGAUGCAUUCGAGCCCAUACGGGAAGUUGGCAAGACGCCGAUAUCGACAGUCAGGCAGCUAGGCCCCCCGAUAACUUCCGAUCUUGUCAUGGAUAGCCUGAACGACGUUCACCGAGCCUUGGUCGAGCAAUUUGUCGAAGAGGCCGAUGCCAAGUGCAAAGACAUCAUGAAGAAGAAGAGCCUCCGAUUUCAGCCAUUCACGACCUCGAUUUUGCGGGACAUGGUAAUUGGGUUUACCGAUACUGAAGAGAAAAUGCUGAAGAUCCGUGGCAUUGAUCCCGAGAAGGUCAGGAUUCAUGGCAAAUCUUUCCUUACAAUGGUGGCCAAGUAUCGCGACCACUACAAUGGAGCCAUGCAAGAGGAAUUCGAUUCGGACGACGACGACCUUAAUGGGGUCGUAGACAAGCAUGCACAGAACGUGAUCAACCUCGUCAGCGAUGAUGAAGCCGAUGAAGACGAGGAUAACGAAAUAGACAGCAUGCCGUCUGAUGAGGACGACGACGGGGAGCAAAGCUCCUACUUUCAAACA